AACAUUUUGAACGAACUCUCAAAUAUGCUCAAUCACUUAAACAAAGUCUUAAUAUUCGUGAUGUUUGGAUCGUCCACUUUACAUGUGGAGACGAACCAAACCAUCACUGGCCAAGUAAAGAACAGCGGGAUAAGGGAUUGAAUGCAGUGAUAUUUUGGCAUAACCAAGAUUUCACAAGCGUAUAUAUGAGUGCUCGUUACAAUGACGAAGAUGGUCAGAUGGUGGAGGUUAGUAAGGAAUACAUCGUUCCGAUAAAUGAAAACUAA